UCAAACAUUUGCUUGAAAUGUGUACAUUUUGUCAGGCAUCUCUUUGGGCAGCCGCACGCCUUAUGCGUCUACGUCUUAACGUCAUUUGUUUUGGCAGAGAGCUACACUGCGUUGAAGUGUUUCUUGGUACUUUUACAAGAAAAAAUAUACUUUUUUACAUAUUUUCUCCUUAAUAGCAAAGAUGUCAUCGCCACUAGCAAAGCCCCAGAUCAUUGCGCACUUCCAGAAGAGCUUAAAUUACACGGUUUUCGACAGUAAAUGGAUUCCCUGCAGCGCGAAGUUUGUCUGCCUCGGGAACUUUCCGAGAGGAACCGGAGUCAUGCAGAUAUACGAAGUGCAGCACGGAGAGGCUCAGCUUAUCAAGGAGGUAGAGAAACCGAAAGCCAUAAAGUGUGGGACGUUUGGAGCCAGUUCUCUUCAACAAAGGCACAUAGCAACGGGGGAUUUUGAUGGAAAUCUAAACAUAUGGAAUUUAGAGAUGCCUGAAGUUCCAGUGUACACGGUAAAGGCCCACAAAGAGAUAGUGAAUAGCAUUGAUGGUGUUGGCGGCCUGGGGAUUGGUGAUGGGGCACCUGAGAUAGUCACUGGAAGCAGAGACGGGACAGUAAAGGUGUGGGAUCCCAGACAGAAGGAUUCACCUGUAGCCAACAUGGAGCCCAUUGAAGGAGAAACCAAGAGGGACUGCUGGACUGUUGCUUUUGGUCAUGCCUUUAACGAUCAGGACCGCUGUGUGUGUGCUGGUUACGACAACGGGGACAUCAAGCUUUUCGACCUGCGGAAUAUGUCUCUCCGGUGGGAAACCAACAUUAAAAAUGGGGUAUGCUGCGUUGAGUUUGACAGGAAAGACAUCAACAUGAACAAGCUGGUCGCCACCUCACUGGAGGGAAAGUUCCACGUCUUUGACAUGCGGACCCAACACCCCACCAAGGGCUUCUCCUCUGUUUCCGAAAAGGCUCAUAAGUCGACCAUCUGGCAGGUGAAGCAUUUGCCCCAAAACAGAGACAUCUUUAUGACUGCAGGAGGAGCAGGCAACUUACAUCUGUGGAAAUAUGAGUAUCCCGCUCAGAGAAGCAAGAAGGAUUCAGAUGACAUGGAUGUGGGCGUCGCUGGCUCUGUUAACCUCUUACAAAACGCCACUCUGUCCACUCAGCCGAUCGCCAGCCUGGACUGGAGCCCCGACAAGCAGGGCCUGUGUGUGUGUGCGAGCUUUGACCAGACGGUCCGCGUACUCAUUGUCACCAAACUCAACGUGGUGUGAAACUGAAGUUCAAGAUCUGUGCGUCUUGACAUGAAAUGAGACACAGCUGCAGAGAUGCAGCAACGGUGAGUAAAUCGCUGCCUUUUUGUGAGGCGGAAUAGUCUUUUAUCAGAAGACAACAAUUUCCUACUGUGUUUUUUGGCUGCUGUCUCUCGAUUUUUUCUCUGUAGACUCAUCUUGCCAGAAAACCAUUUAACUCAAAUGAACUUGGAAAUCCUUGGUUGGUGUUAUGCUGUGUGGCUUCUGUUAAAUGCUAUCCCUGAAAAAUGUGCUGAGCCCUGCAGGCAGUGUUAACCUGUAGUGCAGAGAAAUACAAUGAUACCUUUCCUGUUUUAUCAAAAAAGCCUCUGUUGAGAUGAACGAAUGAGUCAUUCUGCCUCUGGCUUGGAUUAAUAGUUUUGGGGGAACAAAAAUAUUUUUUAACCAUUUCCAUUUUUGUAGGAUGCUCACAGAAAUACUGUCUUUUGUUGCACUAUUGGUGAACACUGUUGAGAUCCAGUUUUGUGUGUUGUUAAAGUUGUCACUUUUGAUAUUCAAUUUUUAUUGAAACUCCAUUUUCAAAUUAAAUGUGAUUUUGGAGGAACAUAUUCCUUAGUGUCCUCUAUCCAAUACAAAUAGCUUGGCUAAAAUCAAGAGGAUUUUUUGUAUUGGUGAACAUAGAGUGCCUUAUUAACUCAAGACAACAUAUAAUACACAGUUAGCAAACUGUGACUCACUCAAGGAUUUAAGAAGAUGAGUGCAUGUAAUUGUUAGAGGGUUACAAGUGUUAUCAUAUCCAGCAUUUGAACUUGAAGAAGUCCUGUAGUUCCUGAUCGUCCUCUUGUCUGUCAUGGAUUCUCGCGUAGACGCUCAUCAGCAGCUUGGUCAUGCACUUCUCAUCCAAGAUGUCGAUGUAUUUCUCUAUACAACCUGCAAACGUCCAAAGAUUAAUGCAUGAACAUUACUGCAUGAACAUUACUGCAGUCACACUGACACCAGUGCUUCGUCAUACAAACAGUUACAUUUCAAAUACAAUACUUUCAAAUACUGUCAAGUUGUUGAAAGUGUUUGUUUUUUUUUAAUUUGCCCAAUCCACUCAGUUGGAGUUGACAAUUUUGUCUUAAAUUGGGCAAUAUUUGAUGUGUAAAUCUCAUCAAUCUCUCAUUUGAGACUUUAUGUGGCAAUGAUAAAUGAACCCUUA